AUGAGUGACCUAUCAGCAGAAUCAUUAAAGAACCAUCUACUUAAACUAGAGUGCCAUUUUACAUGGACUGUGGAAGUGGAAGCAGUGGCUGAUAUUAACAAUAUAGAAGACAGACUUCAUGAUCAAAUUGAAUAUUUACCUUCUACACCCAGACAUAGGCUUCAUAAUAUAUUGUCUUAUACAAGUUAUUUGAAAGGAGACAAUGAAGAAGCAAUCAGACAGCUUCAGAAAGCUGAAGAGCAUCUGCAAGGAACACAGUCUGCUGAUGUGGAUAUCAAAAGAGCUGUGAUCUACAGUAAUUAUGCCUGGCUGUUCUACCAUUCAAACCAGUUCAGCAAAGCUCAGUCUUAUUUAGAAAAAGUGGAAGCCAUUUACAAGAAGUUUGAAUCGUCUUCAGAACAUAAAAUUCUUUUCACUGAGAUAUAUGGAGAACAGGCCUGGGCUCUGUUAACACUCUAUGGGAAAUUCCCUGAAAGAGCUAGGAAGUGUUUUGAGAAAGCGCUAGUGCUAGAUCCAGACAAUCCUGAGCUCAAUUCAGGAUAUGCCACAGUCAUGUAUCGCUUAGAAUGUGAACAUAACAGACUUUACAGAACCAGUCAAUAUAAAUCUUUAGACUUGCUGAAACAUGCUGUGGAAUUAAAUAAAAAUGACACUGUGGUUAAAGCUUAUCUUGCGCUGAGAUAUCAACGUUUGGGUCAAGCUGAAGAAGGAGAAAAGAUUAUGGAGGAGGCUCUUAGACAAACUCCAGACUCACCAUAUUUACUUCGAUAUGCUGCCAAAUUUUACAGAAGUGAAGGAAAGAUUGAUUAUGCUAUUCUUAUUUUGAAAAAAGCCCAAAAACAAACUCCCAACUCAAGUUCUCUUCACCACCAUAUUGGGCUUUGUUACAAAAUGAAGAUGGAAAAUGUCCUAAAUGCUGCAAAGUCAUGGCGUCAGCCUAACGACACGGAUACAAAUGACUUAAGGGAAACAAUUUCUUCUGCUAUCUUUCAUUUUGAAAAAGCUAUUGAAUUGGAAGAAAAUUUUUUUAAUGCAUAUACUGAUUUGGCUUUUAUGUACGCUAAAAGAAACCAGUUUGAAAAAGCUGAAGAUAUGUAUCAGAAAGCGCUAAACCUGGGAAAUAUAACAUGUGAAGAGAAACAAGAGAUUCACUUUAGUUAUGCUCUUUUUAAGCAACAGGUUAAAUCCAAAUCUGAAGCCAUAAGGCAUUACAAGGAGGUAUUACUGAUCCCAAAUAAAACAAAGUUCAGAUCUUAUUCCAAGAAUAAUUUGAAACAAUUGGCUGAACAAAACAUAAGAAAUUACCCAUCAGAUGCAGUUGGAUUUGGACUAUUAGGGUUCAUUUAUCAGCAGGAAGGAGAAAUUGACCAAGCAACUUAUAGCUAUAAGCAAGCGCUGGAACUGGAUCCAGAUAACAAGGAUUAUAAGAGUGCUUUACGUUGCAUCAGACUCAAUUUGAGCACAAACUGAAGAUAAAAACAUAAUUUCAGUACUCUUACAAGCUUCUUCCAUGCCAUGUGCAGUUGUUUGAAUGUACCAUCAACAGCACAAUGUUUUAUUUAGUAAUCAAUAGGGAUGCACCAAAUCCACUACAUCCCGAAUCCUUUUUCAAAGAUUUGGUUGAACACCGAACCAAACCCUAAUUUGCAUAUGUAAAUUAGGGAAAUGGGGGGGGAAGAGAGUAAAAAAAGAGUAAAAAUGUUUUACUACCUUUUUGUUGUGACGAAAAUUCAUGUGAUUUUCUGAAUUCAGAUUUUGUUCCGGACAGGCACUUCGAUUGGCAGAAUCCCAAUCUUGGUGAAAAAUGCCGAAUCCUGUGGAUUUAGUGCAUCCUUAUUAAUCAAGAUAUGUAGAAAGUUAGCCACCACACUUUUUAGUUCUAUUUAGUAGCAGUAUGAUGUGGUAACACAAAUUCAGCAAUAUGAUAAAAGAACAAACAUAUUACUCUAGGUCUACUAACCCAUAGCAACAAACCUUAGGGUUCGUUUAUAGCAGGUAGCCAGUAAAUGCUAAGUGGUUGCUAUAGGUUACGGAACCUGGAGUUUUCCGGAUAAUGGAUCUUUCCAUAAUUUGGAUCUUCAUUC